AUGAGAGCCACUUCUGGCCGGCCAAGAAAGGCAUGCAGCAUAUGCAAAUCCCAGAAGAUACGCUGUUCAGGAGAGCGGCCAAGCUGCAAGCGAUGUAUAAGGCUAAGACACACUUGCAGCUACGAUGGCACGUUAUCCACUAUACCCAGGGGAUCAUUGCAAAGAAAGCCCGCAAAUUCUUCAUUAACGCCUGUAACAGGCCCAGAAAGAAGACAUGCAGUCAGCAACGCGACGUUGCAAGCCGAACGACAUAUUGUCUCUGCGCCUAGCAUACUGCUAGAUUACCCACAAGAAGGCUUGGAUCUGGGAAUACCAAAGCAACUAGUAUUAACACUUGCCGAGGCGUACUUUGAGAACAUGUACAAUGCCGGAUUUUUCCUCCCCAGGAAUAUCUUUCUCGAAUCACUUGCAGCUGGCACGGCUCGUCACCACGUCGUUUUGAGUGUUUGUGCAUGGGGAGCCAAUUUUUACCGAGAUAAUACUGGUCAACCCACCUUCAAGGAAAAUGGAUCCAUGAUUAAAUGGGCAAAAAAAGCAGGGAGUCUCGUGUUCCAAGAGGCUGAAGAUCUUCAUGAGGAAAAUAUCGUCACAUUCAGUAAUCUAGCUCUGUUUUGGCACAGCCAGGGUUCAUGGAGAAUAAGCCAACUCCACAAAGGAAAUGCAUACCAACUUCUAAACAUCAUCGGCCUCGGGUCUAGAGUACCAAGCCAUGAAAGUUCAUUGGAAUCCGAGAUACGCCGCCGCCGUUUCUGGGCUUGUUAUCUCAUGCACUGUUACAGCUCCGAAAGAUUGACGCUUUUCGAACCAAUUGCCAACAUGGAAAAUUUGCCAUUGCCAUGGACCGAAGAAGAUUUUGAGGCUGGAAUCUCCAGAUGCCCCAGUGUGUCAUUGAAAUCUGGUCAAAGGAAUGGAGGAAUCUUUGGCGAAUUAAUUAGGGGCCUAACAUUUUGGUCAUCUGUGGUCUCUUCAAUCAAAUCCGACUCUAGCUUCAACGCCAAGCUAACAGACAUCCAUGCACUUGACGAAAAGAUAUCAGAUUGGUGGCGGAAAGUGCAGCCUGCCCUCAAGUUGAACUCUUCAAAUAUCGCAGCAGUGCCGCAUGAUGCACUUCCCAGAAUAUUGCUAGCCAAUCUGGUAUAUCAUCAAUCUCUGUGCGCCCUCCAUGCGUCCAUUGUACCAUUGUUCUGUUGGAGCCCAGGUGAUGAUAGCUGGUCCACGGCUCGACAAUUGUCAGCCCAGCUAGCUUUCGAUCACGCGUGCAGAGUCUCUGAAUUGAUCGAUGGGGUCUUAUCAACGUACCCGCGACUCAGUGCAAUGCCGAGUUUCGUCGCAUAUGCGGCGUAUUGCGGGUGUGCGAUCCAGAUUCCGUUUAUGUGGUGCCUCGAUCUGAAGAUCAGAGAGCGGGCACAUGCUAAUGUCAAAGCAAAUGUGAGGAUGAUACAUACGAUGGCGCAUUAUUGGAAGUUCGCUGCAUUACUGCAAGUUCAUGUUCGUUGCCUGUACAAUAUUCACCAUAGAGGCCCGACCAUUCUUGAGCGUGAGCCCAAGCAUCUCGACCCAUCGAAAUUAACGAAUUUUAAAAUCAAUGCUGCACAUGCGCGAACUUCAAUCCUGGAAUUUACCGGCAUUUUACGGUCCAAAGGAGAUGGCUACGUGAUACCGGGAGAAGAGACAAACGAUCUCGGGCUAGAAGAAGGCAGCGACAUUCCGCUGCCUCCGCCUCUGGAGCAAAGAGAGCCACAACAGACAUCGCAGGAGCAACUUCAACAGGAGACACCGUCUAUUCUUCCUCAGCUGAAUUUUCUUACUGACGAGGGCCCGACUCUGGACGUAUUCAACUCGUUCCUAGACCCGGAGAUGCUCAAUCUCUUCCCCAACGGCGAAAUUCCAGAUCUUGCAGGAUUUGACACAAACCUAUUGAGCCUUGAUUAUCUCGAGAUGGAGGGGUGGGACGAUGCUCUGGAGGUAAAUCAGAGCUAA